AAAUCAAAGAAGAAGAAGCCUCCACACUCAUUCCAUGGGAAUCGACUCUUUUGAUUCACUAGGAAGCAUCGACUCGUCUACAUACGACACAUCGCAACGAAGACGACUCCUGUGGUCAAUGCAAGAUGGCGACGGCGUACGAAAGUUUCAGCCUGCACACCACGCCGGAGAAGUUUUACAUAGAGGCUCUGGACGAUGGCUCCGUGGACGUCCUGGCUAUUGACAGGGUGUCAACUGAGAUGACUCUGACAGUGAGGAGGGACAUCCCUGCAUCAGUUGAGACCAGGUCAAUAUGUGGAGUCAUGGGAACUAUACGUUUGGUGGCAGGCAUGUACCUGGUUGUCAUCACAAAGAAGAAGAAGGUGGGAGACUUUUUGGGCCAUGCUGUGUGGAAGGCCCUGGACUUUGACAUUAUUUCCUAUAAGAAGACGAUACUGCACCUGACAGACAGCCAGGUCCAAGACAACAAGACCUUCCUGUCCAUGAUUAACGCCGUGCUUCACACCGAUGGCUUCUACUUUGCAGCAGACUACGACCUCACUCACUCUCUCCAGCGCCUGGCAAACACAAGCCCUGAGUUUCAGGAGAUGAGCCUCCUCGAGAGGGCUGAUCAGCGUUUUGUCUGGAACGGCCACUUGUUGAGGGAAUUCAUUGCACAACCUGAGUUACACAAGUUUGUGUAUCCUGUUGUCCACGGCUUCAUCACCAUGAAGUCCAGCUGCAUCAAUGGGAAGGUGUUCGAGUGGUGUAUUAUCUCCAGGAGGAGCUGCUUCAGAGCCGGAGUUCGCUACUACGUCCGAGGCAUCGAUUCAGAAGGACAUCCUGCAAACUAUGUGGAAACGGAGCAGAUAGUGCAGUACAACAGUGCCAAGGCUUCGUUUGUUCAGACGAGAGGCUCCAUCCCUUUCUACUGGUCCCAGAGGCCCAACCUCAAGUACAAACCCAAACCACAGAUCAGCAAAGCGCUGAACCACCUGGACGGAUUCCAGAGACACUUUGACUCACAAAUAAUCCUCUAUGGAAGACAAGUCAUCUUGAACUUGAUCAACCAAAAGGGUUCAGAAAAACCACUGGAGGUGGAGUUUGACAAGAUGGUGACCAGUUUGGGUAAUGGCAUGAUCAAGUACAUAGCUUUUGAUUUCCAUAAGGAGUGCAGUCGUCUGAGGUGGCACCGCCUGCAGAUUCUACUGGACAUGGUCGCUGAAAUGCAAGAUGAAUUUGGAUAUUUCCUGGUGGAUGCAGAUGGGACGGUACUGUCGAACCAAGAGGGAACCUUUCGGAGCAACUGCAUGGACUGUCUGGACCGAACCAACGUCAUCCAGAGCCUCCUGGCUCAGCGGACGCUUCAGUCACAGCUGCAGAGAAUGGGAGUCCUUCACAAGGGCCAACACAUUGAGGAGCAGACAGACUUUCAGAAGAUGUACAAGAACGCCUGGGCAGACAACGCCGAUGCCUGUGCUAAGCAGUACGCUGGGACCGGGGCCCUGAAGACUGACUUCACAAGGACAGGGAAAAGGACUCAGUGGGGGCUGGUGAUGGACGGCUGGAACUCCAUGAUCCGAUAUUACAAGAACAACUUCUCUGAUGGAUUCAGACAGGACUCCAUUGAUUUGUUCUUGGGCAACUUCGCUGUGGAUGAGGCCGACUGGUCGACUCCGCUACGUGACCCCAAAGACUGGAAGUUCCUGACAUUGCCUGUUAUUAUGGUUGUAGCGUUCUCCAUGUGUAUCAUCUGCCUCCUAAUGGCUGGCGACACGUGGACUGAGACUCUGGCCUACGUCCUGUUCUGGGGGACGGCCAGCGUAGUGACGGGCGGCCUCAUCCUCUUCAAUGGGCGAGACUUUGUGGACGCUCCCAAGCUGGUCCAGAAGGAGAAGAUGGACUGAAUGUGUGUGUGUGGAAAGCAGCUCGGCCCGAGUGACGUCACCACCUCUUCCUCUAGCUCUUCAUCAUCAAUGCUUUGGCCCCAACAACAACAACAACAACAACAACAACAACAACAACAUCACCAUCAUCCGCAGGCCUGGAGCCUUUAUUAAUGAAGACUGGAGCAACAGGAAGUGGGUCGGCACCAGGGCCAGGCCUGUGUGCGACAGCAGCUCAACGACAGACUGCGAGCACAGAGGCCGGCUGCUCUCCACACGGGAGUCGCUGUCGUGUAUCGGACCGUUUUUAUUCUUUUGUUUGUUUUUUUUUUUUACUGGGAAUAGAAGAAAACCCAUGAAAACUGUAACUGGAAGAUAUUGUUGAACUUCAACUGAUUGCUGUGGGAUGAAUAAUAAUAAUAGUCCCAUUAAAAGCUCUGUUGGGAUCACAUUUUAGAUGAACUGCUGCACACGUAGGGAAUUCAUUUUUUUGUACAUGCUGUCGAUGUGCCUUUUAAUUUUUGUGCAGUAUCUGUGUCGCAGGUUCAACGCCGCCUUUGAAAUCCGUCAGUUUUUUGCUGCAGGACACAUUACGAGAUGAGGUUUUUUUUUCCAAAACGUCCUUUCGGUCGAAUGGUGCAUUGAAGCAGUUUUGCUGCCAUUUGUUCUGGAGACGAACCAGACUGGCAUUUAACACAUGUUCGGUCACAAGUAAACGCACCAGUGUGUUGUUUUUUUUGUAAAACAAACAAAAAAAAAACUUGCAAAAUGUAAAUACUACUUGCUUUCCCUUGUAGUAAGUAAGUUAUUGCCAUUCGAUAGAAGCUGCUGAGGAUGAAGAGGAAGGUUGUUUGUAUCCGUUUUACAUUUCAGCAUGAGCAGUUUUACGCCUUUACAGACUUUGGCCAAUUAAAAAGAAAAAAAAAUCAACUAUAUGACGAGUUAAGCUGAGAAGAUAAGUAACAUGUAUCAUUUUAGAUUUUGUUUGACUGAUUUUGUUUUGUGUAUGUUUUUUUGUGGUGGUGGUGGUGGUGGAGGGGGAGUUGUCAUCUCCAGAUUCCUAAGCUUUAUUAAUUUAUAAAUAAUACUGAACUAUUUGUGGUCGUGGAUCAAUAACGACCACAUUCAAAUGGUUUUUUUACCAAAAGGAAGAUUACUUUGAGUUAAUAUAUACCAGUAACGAUGCGGUUUAUGACCAUAAGUGCUGCGGUUUGAUGAAUUCAUGGUUAAAUGAGGGCAUUCACCGGACGCUUUAUUAGGUACACUAGUGAAAACGAAUGCGUCGUGAUGCGAAGUGGCUGAUCAGUGUAUAUUAAACUAUACGUUGUGUGACAGUCUA